GAGCGCCAGCAGCAGGCCGUGCCCGUUCGAGAACUCCCACACCGUGCACUCCUCCGUGUGCUCGACCUCCACCUGCUGCGCGAGAUGCGCCGCUUCCGGCUCCCGCCGGAAGCGACCCACCUGCAGCGCCUCGUCGUCGGCCCUCCUCGUGCCGGACGCCUCCUGCGACGUGCUUUUGGCACCACCUCCAUCGUGCUGACCUGGUCCUCCAGCCAGCUGGGCACUCGCUUUUUUCCUGGAGAGGCGCGAGAGCGCGGAGGAGGGUGCAGGCCUGUCUGCAACCCGGCGCUGUGCAGGCCGAGGCAGCGGCGACGGGAGCGGGCGGCAACGGGGAGCACCCUGCCGCGGUCUGCCAGCACGAACGACUUCUUCGAGGAGCCGGAGCUCCGCGACGGCUUCCAGCGGGUGUCCAGGUCGCUGGCCGAGUUGGACGCCGUGCUGUAG